GGGGUGAUGUAACCAUAGAGAGAGAGACAGAGAGACACAGAAUCUGAAGCAGGCUCUAGGCUCUGAUCUGUCAGCACAGAGCCGUCGUGGCUUGAACUCCUGAACGGUGAAAUCAUGACCUGAGCUGAAGUCAGAUGCUUAAUCAACUAAGCCGCCCAGAAGUCCCUUUAAUCUGGUAUUUUUAUGGUUUUCAUCAUGAUUCAAGGAAUAACCCUCUCAUUAGCUCACAAGGACCUAGGACAGUGAUCCACCCUAAAGCACGGAUUAUUGCGGAAGCCGGGCCAAUAGUGAUUGGGGAAGGUAACCUAAUAGAAGAACAGGCGCUUAUCAUAAAUGCUCACCCUGAUAAUAUCACCCCUGAUGCUGAAGAUCCAGAACCAAAACCUAUGAUCAUUGGCACCAAUAAUGUGUUUGAAGUUGGCUGUUAUUCCCAAGCCAUGAAAAUGGGAGAUAAUAAUGUUAUUGAAUCAAAAGCAUAUGUGGGCAGAAACGUAAUCCUGACAAGUGGUUGCAUCAUUGGGGCUUGCUGUAACCUGAAUACAUUUGAGGUCAUCCCUGAGAAUACAGUGAUCUAUGGUGCAGACUGCCUUCGUAGGGUGCAGACUGAGCGACCACAGCCCCAGACACUACAGCUGGAUUUCCUGAUGAAAAUCUUGCCAAACUACCACCACCUAAAGAAGACUAUGAAAGGAAGCUCAACUCCAGUUAAGAACUAAGAACAAUAUACAACAUCAAGAUAACAGUUUGUCUUUGACCACUGUCUUUUGAGAGGGCCACAGUGUUUAUGCACUCUUAGCAAUUCACAGAUUAAUACAUGUUGACUUUAUUUUGUAAAAUUGAGUCAGAGAGGAAAGUACUGGAUUUUCAUUAUAACUGUCCUCUGUAAUUACAUAAAAUGCAUUAUUUUCCUAUAUCCUUACUCCUUUUCUGAGAAUUUACAGGUUUGGUUUAUUUUUCUUUUGUCAUAUGUUGGCCAUGAUUUUAGUUGUGUAAAAGAUUCCCUGUGAUAAGAAAGGGCAUAUUACUAUGUAUUUAUAUUCUAGCAUAUGUUGUAUGCAAUAAAAAUGCUAGUGACGGGA